AUGACGAUCCUCGUCAACCAGCCUCAUCAGCUAAUUGGAUCACAAGCAGAGGGCCAUAAAGACAAUUACGAUGCCAAAGAGUUGGUAUUAGAUGGUGGAUUCGUGGUGCCAGAUAAAAACGAAGGGUUCGAUGCACCAGAUAUCAAUGCAUUUGGCAACACAUUCAGGGAUUAUAAUGCAGAAAGUGAAAGGCAAAAGUCGGUGGAGGAAUUCUACAGACAGCAACACAUUAACCAAACAUAUGAUUUUGUGAAGAAGAUGCGAGAAGAAUAUGGGAAGCUUGACAAGGCUGUUAUGAGCAUUUGGGAAUGUUGUGAGCUCCUGAAUGAUGUGGUAGAUGAUAGUGAUCCUGAUCUAGAUGAGCCUCAAAUUCAACACUUGUUGCAAUCAGCUGAAGCCAUUAGGAAAGACUACCCCAAUGAGGAUUGGUUGCACUUGACUGCUCUUAUUCAUGAUCUUGGAAAAGUUCUUCUUCUUCCUCAGUUUGGACAGCUUCCACAAUGGGCUGUUGUUGGAGAUACGUUCCCUCUUGGUUGUGCCUUUGACGAAGCCAACGUUCAUCACAAGUAUUUCACCGAUAACCCUGAUUUCAAGAAUCCUGCCUAUAGCACAAAGAAUGGAAUUUACGAGGAGGGAUGCGGGUUGGACAAUGUGGUGAUAUCAUGGGGGCACGAUGACUAUAUGUACUUGGUGGCUAAGGAAAAUGGAACCACUUUACCACAUGCUGCAUUGUUCGUUAUCCGAUACCACUCCCUCUAUCCCUUACAUAAGGGAGGAGCAUAUAAGCAUUUGAUGAGCAAGGAAGAUGAGGAGGAUUUGAAGUGGCUCCACAUAUUCAACAAAUAUGACCUUUACAGCAAGAGCAAAGUUCUUGUUGAUGUUGAUGAAGUCAAGCCAUACUAUCAAUCCCUGAUCAAGAAGUAUUUCCAGGAAAAGCUCAGAUGGUGA